CGGCAUUUCCGGGUACGACAUAUAAUAUAAAUACGCUGGUCUCCUGCUCGGCUGUCGAUAGAUUUACACCAAACCAAUGAUUCCUAUAUGUCCAGUAGUGUCCUUCACCUAUGUGCCCAGCCGGCUCGGUGAAGAUGCCAAAAUGGCUACCGGCAAUUACUUUGGAUUUACCCAUGGUGCUGCCGCCCAGUACAGUCAGCAGCCAGGUGCUGGGGUGGCAUACACGCACCCCACCACGGUGGCCAGCUACACUGUCCAUCAAGCACCUGUGGCGGCACACACCGUGGCGGCGGCCUAUGCUCCCACUGCAGCCACACUUGCAGUAGCUAGGCCCGCGCCCGUCGCAGUAGCGGCCGCUACUGCCUCGGCCUAUGGGGGAUACCAGCCAACCCACGCUGCGACUGACUACGGCUACCCUCAGCGCCAACAGGAAGUCCCUCCACCCCCGCCACCGGUCACCUCACAAAACUACCAGGACACCUACUCCUAUGUCCGUUCCACAGCUCCUGCUGUAGCCUACGACAGUAAGCAGUACUACCAACAGGCCACUGCUACAGCAGCGGUCGCUGCUGCACAGCCACAACCCAGCGUGGCAGAUUCCUACUACCAGACAGCCCCCAAACCAGGAUAUAGCCAGGGGGUAACAUCUUACACCCAGAGCCAGCAGAGUCGACAGGUGACCGUGAUAAAGCCAGCUGCUCCCAAUCCAGCCUCAUCCACCUUCUCCAUCUACCCAGUGACUUCCGCUGUCCAGCCUGUGGCCGCUGCCGCGGUCCCGUCUUACUCCCAAAGCCCAACCUACAGCACCAAUGCCGUCACCUACUCUGGAACCUCGUACUCCGGCUACGAGGCAGCAGUUUAUUCUGCAGCUUCAAGCUACUACCACCAGCAGCAGCAGCAGCAGCAGCAGCAACAACAACAACAACAACAAAAGCAGGCAGUGGCAGCUGUAGCGGCAACAGCGGCGUGGACGGGGAACACUUUCACCAAGAAACCCCCUUUUCAGAGCAAGCAGCUUCGGCCCAAGCAGCCGCCCAAACCCCCGAUCCACUACUGUGACGUCUGUAAGAUCAGCUGUGCCGGACCGCAGACUUACAAGGAGCAUCUUGAAGGCCAGAAGCACAAGAAGAAGGAAGCGGCACUGAAGGUUUCCCAAAGCAGCAGCAGCACCAGCAGUGGUAGCGGCGGAGGGGCGCUGGCCCGAAACGCUCAAAACCAGCUCCGCUGUGAACUUUGCGAUGUUUCCUGUACUGGCGCAGAUGCCUACGCUGCACAUAUCCGCGGAGCCAAACACCAGAAGGUUGUGAAGCUUCACACCAAACUCGGUAAGCCCAUUCCCUCUACGGAGCCCAGUAUGGUCACUCAGACAUCGUCCUCCACCACGGCUGCUCCCAGCAAGACCACCACAGCGACCCUGAGCAGCUCCGGCACCAGCGGCUCUCUGUGCAUGUCUGCCACCUCCUCCUCCUCCGCCUCGAACACCAGUUCCAGCGCUUCAUAUCUGAAACCCGUCAACAUAGUCAACAGUGGUAUGGCAGGUGUCAAGAACCCAUUAACCAACAGCCUCUCUGCUGCCAACUCGGUCUCAGUCGGGAAGAAAGUCAACGCCCCCAAGAUCAAUUUUGUUGGUGGAAAUAAAUUGCAGACCACAGCGAAGAUGGACGAAUCCAAAGUGGAGGCUUCUAAGCCUGCAACGCCCUCUUCAGCCACUCAUGACCCCAAGACUGACGUCUCCGAUUCUCUGUCCACAUCGGCCUUGGCUGCACUGCAGAGCGACGUCCAGCCUGUUGGUCAUGACUACGUCGAGGAGGUCCGAAAUGACGAAGGCAAGGUCAUCCGCUUCCAUUGCAAGCUUUGUGAAUGUAGCUUCAACGAUCCAAAUGCAAAGGAAAUGCAUCUAAAAGGACGAAGGCAUCGCCUGCAAUACAAGAAAAAGGUGAACCCAGAUCUGCAAGUGGAGGUCAAGCCCAGUAUCCGAGCCCGAAAAAUUCAGGAAGAGAAGAUGAGGAAGCAGAUGCAGAAAGAGGAGUACUGGAGGAGAAGGGAGGAGGAGGAGCGCUGGAGAAUGGAAAUGCGGCGUUACGAAGAAGACAUGUACUGGAGACGUAUGGAGGAGGAGCAGCACCACUGGGACGACCGGCGACGUAUGCCGGAUGGAGGGUAUCCACAGGGGCCUCCUGGCCCUCCUGGUCUACUCGGAGUCCGGCCCGGCAUGCCUGGCCUGCAGCCUCAGGGUCCUGUGCCUCCCCGUCGGCCCGACUCUUCAGACGACCGCUACGUCAUGACCAAGCAUGCAGCCAUCUACCCCUCGGAGGAUGAGCUCCAGUCCAUCCAGAAGAUCGUGUCGAUCACAGAGCGCGCCCUCAAACUGGUGUCGGACAUCAUUACAGACCAGGACAAGGCCAAGGAUGGAGAAGAGAAAGAGGAGAAGGAACCUGCUAAAGACAGAGCCCUGAAGGGAGUGAUGAGGGUCGGUGUCCUGGCCAAAGGCUUGCUGCUUCGCGGGGACAAGAAUGUCAACCUGGUCCUGCUCUGCUCCGAGAAGCCCACCAAGAGCCUCAUCACCCGCAUUGUGGAGCACCUGCCCAAACAACUAACAGUGGUAACGCCCGAAAAAUACGAGGUCAGCGGAUCCGCCCAGGAAGCGGCGAUCAUCCUGACAUCCUGCACCGAUCCCAAGAUGCGAGUGACGAUCACUCUGACUUCGCCCCUCAUCAGGGAGGAAGGCUGCCGGGACGGAGAUGUAACCUCGGGUAUGGUGAAAGACCCAGCGGACGUCUUGGACAGGCAAAAAUGCCUUGACGCUCUGGCUGCUCUGCGCCACGCUAAGUGGUUCCAGGCUAGAGCCAACGGCCUUCAGUCCUGCGUGAUCAUCAUCCGGAUCCUGAGAGACCUCUGCCAGAGAGUUCCCACGUGGUCGCCCUUCCCGGGAUGGGCCAUGGAGCUGCUAGUAGAGAAGGCCAUCAGCAGCGCCUCCGCCCCCCUGAGCCCGGGUGAUGCCCUGAGACGGGUCUUUGAAUGUAUCUCUUCUGGGAUUUUACUCCCUGGUGGGCCAGGAUUGGUAGAUCCUUGUGAAAAGAGGCCCGUGGAUACCCUCACAACCAUGGGAGAGCAACAGAGAGAGGACAUCACCUCCAGUGCCCAGUUUGCUCUGAGACUCCUGGCGUUCCGUCAGAUCCACAAAGUUCUGGGCAUGGACCCCCUGCCGCAGAUAAACCCCCGCUUCAACGUCCGCAACAGCCGCAAGCGUCGCCGCGACAACAGCGACGGGACGGACAGCUUCGAGGGCGAAGGCAAGAAGGACAAGAAGGAUUACGAAAAUUUCUAAAGCACCUCUAAUAUCAGUUUAAUAUCCAUACAAAUAAUGUACUAACAUGUUGUAUGCGCUGUCUACUGUGUACUGGAUAAGCUCCGGUGUGGCUGUUGUUUUUAUUUACUUCCUUUAAAAGCUACAGAUGUAUCAGUGUAACCGCAGCCUCACUCUGCUCUGUAUUACACAAACCCAAAUGUCAGUUUGUGUACCGUUUUUAGUUGUAGAUUUCUUAAAGUUGGGUUAAAGUUCUCUAGAUAACGCCGUUUUUACCUGAUGUGCUUCUGGGAUAGAAGUGUCAAUGACGAGGAGCAUAGCACCAGCGAUGCUUAACACAUGCCUUCGUCUGUAUAGUUUCAUUCGGAGGUGGACUGUGUUGUUGUUACUAAUGUAAAGCAUUCAUCUGGCCAACUAAAACGUUUUGUUCUAUUUUAAUAUGAAUAACUGUGCUUAAUGCAAGUGAUGUUUGAUGCUGUGGUCUUGUUGCGUAUCAAUGCUCGGCUACACUUAACCAUAAAAGACCUAAGGGGCGUUGCACAGAGAUUCAGAAGAACUUUAGCUGUUGAUAGAGCUUUGUUAGUAGUGAAGUUGUCAGCCCUAAUGUGAUUUUAUGUCCUUUCAUUUUCACAUAUAUAUGGAAGUAUUUGUAUAAUCUUUACUUAGCUAAAAAAAACAACAAAGCUUUGGUUUGUGAAAAAACAUGUUCACCUCGCGCACUGUUUUUUUUUUUUUUUUUUUUUGCUUUUAAAAUGUUGUUUUUCCUUGUUAAUAAGAAACUUUAUUGGCUUGCUUGCCUUUUAACUUGGUUAGGUGCUAAAUUAAGUUCAAUACUGGAAAUGGGAAUAAGAAUCUCGACUGGGAAUGGGAGGGUGACGUGCAGGUCCUGCUUGUGAAUGCUUGCUGUUCUCUGCAUUCCGCUUUACAAUCCCAGAAGCAGAAUAAACGCAUUUCCAGAUUGAAGUCGUUGUGUAUGUUUUGCUGAAUGCGUGGGCUUUCUUUCGUGGUGUACAGAAUAUUUUUUCAAGCAAGGAUUGGCAACACGUAUAUAUUUUUUAAAACUAGUAUUUCCUUUCCUGUUGCAGAUCAAAGGUUUGGGUUG